CAAUACAUCCAAUGCAUCAGUUUGCGUUUUGGGGAAAAGGUAGUCAUGUUUUGCAAUUCGCAAGCGAAUGUGUCAAGAUAAAAGCUCUCUGUAUAAAAGGCUCGCCAACGACUGAAAGAAGCAACUCUUCCUACUCUACUGAUGACGUUUGUAUAUAUGAACAUUCAGCGACAGAGGCAUCGGUCACUAGAGAGUUUCCAAUAGGUGUUGCCAUCGGUGUGCCAGUUGGAAUUCUGUGUAUAGUGGGAACAAUCGUUGCCAUCUUUGUACUUAGGAGAAGGGGAGUUUUGUCGUGUAAAUUGGGGACGAAAACGGACGAACCUGAUGCCGGAAACCUCGCGUUUACAAGCAGAUCGUAUCAAGAAACCGUUGGUAAUCAGAACUAUUUCAUAUUAGAGAAACAGGCACAAUCAUUUGAAGGCAAUACGGAUCAUUAUAGCACAUCAGAUGAACCAAAUGUGGACAAUCGUGAGACCGACCAUUACUGUUCAAUAGAGGAACCUUAUCAAACUGUGAAAGAUGAUUACGACUACACAACCAAUGCCUUAAGAACUGGACCCAAUACCAGAAAACCGGACGAUAUUUAUAACAAACUCAAACUAGACCGGCCGGGAGACUAUGACCACGUAGGAAGACCCGGGAAUAACAUGCCCGAACCAGGCAGCGACUAUGAUACAUCUGCUUGUGCGCAAAAGAUCGCUGGUGGUGACGACUAUAACCAUAUCUCACUACGAGUCAGUGCAUAAUUUACACGAUGGAAUCAAACAAAGACUUUGUACAUGGGGACUAUGACGCUAUCAAUGGAAUGAAGGCAGAACUUCCAUCUAGCUCGAAGCGGCGGGAUAUGCUCAAAUAAAAAUAUAGAUAUAAAUUAAGUGAAUAAGUGAUUGAAUGAUUAAAGUCACAAAACGUUGUGGGUGCAUAUUUUAUGACCAAAACGCAAAAUGUACAUAGGUGUAGCCCUUAUAAUACGUAUAAAUAUAUUUGUUCCUAAUUAUGCGAUGUGAUACCUGUCAGAUUCAUAUAAAAAUAUAUACACUUUAUACUAAAUAUGACACGCUUUCUUUAUUGUUAUUGUUAAUAAUAAUAUAAAUAUUAAG